GGGUUCUCCUUUGAGGGAUCAACAAGUGAAGAAUCGACAGUGCCGAAGGAAAUUCCAGUUUUGUUGAGUCAUUUGAGUUCUUCAAUAGUUGACUUGUUUUUCUUGUCUGAAAAAGGAGGUGUUAGUUGGGUUGAGUUCCUAAAAGGCUAUACAAAAUGUUCUGGACGGGCAGUUAGUUCAGCUUCACUCAAUAAUUUGUUAAGAUUAUUUGGGAUGACGUGUGUCAAGGCAGGUCUUCCGGAAAAACUGCAGGCUGUUUCUGAUGAGGAUGAUAGUAAGAUUAGUGGAUUUUUAUCGCCUGUUGAUGUGCAGAUGCUUCUUUGGAUGUGUUGGGUUAUGUGGUGGGAUUCGAAGAAGUUGAAGGCUUCUGGUAAUUUAGGGGAUUCCGGUCUUCCAGAUGUUACACAUUUGGUGUUGUCAGCUAUAGACUCUUGCACUGAAGCUGAUAGCAAAUUGGAUUUAUGGGAGAACAACAUUUUAGACUUGGAUAUGCAACUUCCUGCUGCAAAGAUUGUACUGUGGGCUUUGAAGACAGUACCAAGCCUUGCGGACUGCUUUGGACAAUUCAUCCAUGCGAGAAUUUGUUACAUAGCAACCCAUGAGGAAAAACUAGAGCAAGCGGACCUUUUCUUGCAUGAUAUUUCUGCAAGGGAAAUGAGCAUUGGCAAUCUCCUUACUUGUGGAAGGGCUUGGGCUAUCUCACUUACAUUGAGGAGCACUAUGAGUGAAGAGAUGUCAAAGGCAUGUUUUCCAAGUACUGUGGAGGAAGUAGAUGACUACCUACUUUAUCGGUCUUCUCUUCAUGGAAAAGGUCUGAAUAGAUUUUGGUCAAAUGUUGAAGGAUAUAAUGGUCCAUUGCUAAUUCUUCUCUCUGCUCAUGAGGUCAAUAACGAUUCAAGGAGAUGGACUAUUGGUGCUCUCAUUCAGCAGGGUUUAGAAAAUCAAGAUACUUUCUACGGGUCAUCUGGCAAUUUAUACUCCAUUAGUCCAGUUUUUCAGGUGUUAACACCUUCAGGAAGGGAGAAAAACUUUGUUUACAGCCACUUGCAUGCAACCGUUAAAUAUGAAGCUCAUCCAAAGCCUGUUGGACUUGCUUUUGGAGGAUCCUCUGGCAAUGAAAGAAUAUUUAUUGAUGAAGAUUUUGCUAGAGUUACAGUUCGUCAUCAUGCUUGUGACAAAACUUACCAACAUGCUCCUCUUUUUCCCGACCAGGGGUUUUUACCCGUCGAAGCUUCAAUUGUAGAUGUGGAGGUUUGGGGAUUGGGAGGUAAAAGAGCAAGAGAUGUGCAAUCAUCGUACAAGAAGAGGGAGGAACUUUUUACUAACCAAAGACGAAAGGUUGACUUGAAAACAUUUGGAAAUUGGGAAGAUUCACCUGAGAAAAUGAUGAUGGAUAUGGUUUCUGACCCCAACAGAGUUCGUCGCGAAGAUCGAUGAGCAAAUUCUUCACUAGAAGAGAUUUUCACAUUAUCCCGAACCUAUAUCAUAAUGUAUAUGUGGAAAUAAUCAAAACAUAUAAUCUUAUUGCUAUUUCAUUAUGUGUAGAAAGAUGUAUAUUUGGCUUCAUAUGUCUCUAUUCACA